AUGCGGGUCCCUGUGAGCGUCCUGUACCCCGUCCUGUCCCUCACGGUCUUCGGAUCCUGUCCUUCCAUGACUAUCGGCCCUAAGGAGGGCUGGCAGGUGUACAGCUCGGCUCAGGAUGCUGACGGCCGCUGCAUCUGCACCGUGGUGGCACCGGAGCAGAACCUGUGCUCCAGAGACGCAAAAAGCAGGCAGCUCCAACAACUGCUGGAAAAGGUGCAGAACAUGUCUCAGUCCAUCGAGGUGCUGAACCUGCGGACCCAGAGGGAUUUUCAAUAUGUCAUGAAGAUGGAGAACCAGAUGAAAGGCCUGAGGACCAAGUUCAGGCAGAUUGAAGACGACAGAAAAUCCACCAUGGCCAAAAAUUUUCAGGAGCUUAAUGAGAAGAUGGACGAGCUGAAGCCAUUGAUCCCUGUGCUGGAACAGUACAAGAUGGAUGCUGCGCUCAUCUCCCAGUUCAAGGAGGAGAUCAGGAACCUGUCUGUGGUGCUGACGGGCAUCCAGGAGGAGCUUGGUGUCUAUGACUAUGACGAGCUUUAUCAGCGAGUCCUGCGACUGGACAACAGGCUCCGCAGCUGCAUGGGGAAACUGACGUGUGGGAAAUUAAUGAAAAUCACUGGACCUGUUACAAUAAAGACAUCUGGAACUCGGUUUGGGGCUUGGAUGACUGAUCCGCUUGCAUCAAGCAGAAACAACCGGAUUUGGUAUAUGGACAGCUACACCAACAGCAAAAUUGUACGCGAGUACAAGACGACAGAAGACUUUGUGGCAGGAGUGGUUUCUCGGACCUACAGUCUCCCAUUUAAAUGGGAGGGAACCAACCAUAUUGUCUACAAUGGAUCGCUUUACUACAACAAGUACCAGAGCAACAUAAUCGUCAAGUACAGCUUUGAGACAGGCACCGUGCAUGCCCAGCGAGCGUUGGAGUUUGCCGGCUUCCACAACAUGUACCCGUACACGUGGGGCGGAUACUCUGACAUCGACGUCAUGGCCGACGAACUGGGAAUGUGGGUCGUGUACGCAACCAACCAAAAUGCCGGGAAUGUAGUCAUCUCUCAGAUAGACCCCGACACCCUGCAGGUUCUGAAGACCUGGAACACGGAGUACUCCAAAAGAAAUGCAGGAGAGUCGUUCAUGAUCUGCGGGACGCUUUACAUCACUAAUUCUCACCUGUCUGGAGCCAAGGUUUACUAUGCUUACUCCACUAAGACGUCCACAUAUGAGUAUAUAGACAUUCCCUUCCACAACCAGUACUUACACAUUUCAAUGCUUGACUAUAACGCCAGGGAAAGAGCGCUGUACGCCUGGAAUAAUGGACACCAGGUGAUCUUUAAUGUCACCUUGUUUCAUGUCAUAAAAACGGAAGACGACUCUUAA